GUGUGUGUGUUUGAGUUCAGGAAAAUGGCCGAGGCCAGUAUUUCGGUAGAUCAGGACCAGUUCAGCUGUCCAGUGUGUCUGGAUCUCCUGAAGGAUCCGGUGGCUAUCCCCUGUGGUCACAGUUUCUGUAAGGAGUGUAUUAAUGGCUGCUGGGAUCAGGAGGAUCAGAAGGGCGUCUACAGCUGUCCUCAGUGCAGAGACACUUUCACUCCAAGGCCUGUUCUACACAGAAACAACAUGCUGGCUGAAGUGGUGGAGAAACUGAAGAAGACUAAAGUCCAAGCUGCUUCUCCUGCUCACUGUUACGCUGGACCUGGAGAUGUGGAGUGUGAUUCCUGCACCGGGAGAAAACGCAAAGCCAUCAAGUCCUGUCUGAUGUGUCUGGCUUCCUUUUGUGAAACUCAUCUUGGUCCUCACUAUCAGUCUCCUGCUUUUAAGAAACACACAUUAACUGAAGCCUCAGCGAAACUACAAGAGAAGAUCUGCUCUCAACACAACAAGCUGAUUGAGAUCUACUGUCGUACUGAUCAAACCUGCAUCUGUUAUUUGUGUACGAUGGAUAAUCACAAAGGUCACGACACCAUCACAGCCACAGCAGAAAGAGCUGAGAAACAGAGUGAGUUAAAGCAGGAGCAGAUUAAAUCCCAGCAGAGAAUCCAGGAGAAGAAGAAGAAGGUGCAGGAGCUGAAACAGGCUGUGAACACUAUAAAGCUCAGUGCACAGACAGCAGUGGAGGACAGUGAGAGGAUCUUUACUGAGCUGAUCAGCUCCAUGGAGAAAAAGCGCUCGGAGGUGACGGAGCUGAUCAGAGCUCAGGAGAAGGCUGAACUGAGUCGAGCUGAACGACUCCUGGAGCAACUGGAGCAGGAGAUUGCUGAUCUUCAGAGGAGAGUCACUGAUCUGGAGCAGCUUUCACACACACACGAUCACAUCCAGUUCCUCCAGAUUUUAGCUUCUGGACGUCGGUCUCCCCCAUGGGACAGACCAAACUUUCACACAUCCAGCAUCACUGUCCAUCAACAUCUCUCAUUUGAUGGAGUGAGGAAUUCUCUCUCAGAUCUGAAGAAGAGACUCGAGGAAUGCUGUGAAGAGGAAUUCAACAAAAUCCCUCCACAUGAUGUGGAUCGCCUGAGGAGCACAGUUCAAAAUCCGGAUCAAUGUCACUGCCAGUUCCCUGCAUUGCAGUUUCUUCAUCUGCAGCGCAGAGCAGCAGCUUGGAAAUGGCUUGGAAGUGACUGCUGGUUAACAUGUAGUCUUAAUGAGCCGCGUUUCACUCACUAUUUCAGACUCGUUCCGCUGUCUGACAACAGAAACAGAAAAAUGGAUUUCUGUUCUCUGACUCUGGACCCCAACACAGUAAAUCAGCACCUCAUUCUGAGUGACAACAACAGAGUGCUGAGACACAGCUGGAGAGACCAGGAGUACUCUGAUCAUCCGGAGCGGUUUGACUACCACUGGCAGGUGUUGUGUGAGGAGAGUAUGCUUGGACGCCAUUACUGGGAGGUGGAGUGGAUGCGAGAUGACGAUGUGGAAAUAUCCGUCUCGUACAGAGAGAUCUGCAGGAAAGGAUGGCGCGACGAGUGCAAGUUUGGACGCAACGAUCAGUCCUGGUGUCUGCGCUGUUCUUCCACGUCUCUCUGUUUCUAUCACAACAACAUUCAGACCGAGAUCCAAGGGCCAUCAUCCUCCAGAAUAGGAGUGUAUGUGGAUCACAGUGCAGGAACUCUGUCCUUCUACAGCGUCUCUGACACGAUGAAGCUCCUCCACAGAGUCCACACCACAUUCACUCAGCCUCUAUACGCUGGGUUUGGGAUCUACUUGUUAGAUGACGAUAUAACUGUGAGGUUGUGUGAUCCUUAGUAAUGUGUGUAGUGCAGUAAGAUGUGUCCCAGUUUCUCACAACUAUAUAUAUUGUUAAAUUGACUUGUUAAUCUCUGACACUUGUAGGAAUACAAAUAUGAGAGUCACUGUUUUCUAGUAUGCUGAAUGACAUCAGCUAAAUGAUUAUGCUGAGCAAAGUUUCUAGUAGGAGGUUUCUGCCAGUUCCUGUUCUCUUUACUGUGAGUCAAACGAGCAUAGUAACUGAGGCUACCACCUUUUGUCUGUGAUGGCUCUUGGUGCCUCUGUCCCAUUGUUUGCAUUGGUGGCCAUUGUUCAUGAUCAUCAUUACCUGAGGUGUGGACUUUUCUUUAUCUCUAUGAUAAUGAAGUGUGUGAGUGGUUUAGUUAUGCUGAUUGGAUUAGAGCUGGUGAAACUGCAGAGUCUGGGGAGGGUUCCUAUAACUCUGUACUUCUUUUCCAUGUUUUGUUUAAAGUUGUCACCUGAGUGCUUUUGUCUCCACCUCUAAGGACUGACCCUUAAAAUGUGUAUAAAACUACAAUGUACAGAUCUCUUGUUUAGACUUGAUGACUGCAGAGUGAAACAGCACGUUCUCAAUAAAGAAUCCUGCUGAAGAUA